CAGACAGGGUCUCGCACAGCCCGAGCCAGAGAAGCCGAGUGAGAGGUGGCUCUUCCUAGGGGACUGCCGGUCCCGUGGGCAGAGGAGGAUGCCCCACCGACCGGCCGUGAUCAGCCCCCACUUCCAAACGUCCAAAAAGCAUCUGAAAGGAGGGAAGCCUUUGAAACAGCAGCCGAGAUGCCUUUGGGGUUUCCCUGACCUGCCCUUCAAAGAGCCAGGGAGAUAUCUGAUGGCUGAAAAUGCAAGGAGCCAAGGUCUGGUGGUCUGUAAUCCUCCCUAGGAGCACGUCGAGCGGACAGGGAGCCCUGCACAGGAGGCGGACGAGGAGCCGCUGGGAUGCCCCGGGACUAGCCAUUUGCCCAGGGGGAGGCGCCGGGGCUGCCCAGCUCCCCUGACAGCCUGCGGGCGGGCAUGGGGGACCAGGCGCCCGCAUCUGGAGGAGGGGGAACAAGGGAGCCAGGGAAGCGGAGGGCGAGGAGCCAGGGGGCUGGCUGCUAAAGAGGAGAGUUAAGAAGGUAAUGAUUGCCAUCCUGCAGCAAUUUCCCUGUGUCAUGGCUCCUGUUUCCUAGCAACAGCAUCCAGUCCGGCCAGCACACCAGCAGCAGCAGCAGGCUGAGCACCAUUCAAGAGCAGCAGCAGCAACUCCAGGAGGGCUGGCAAAGCAACCAGCCACAGCACAGAGGCGGAGGCUGCAGCUGGCAGGGGGAGAUCCGCAGCAGAAAGCAGGGGAAGAUGAAGGAUGGGGAAGGCGCAGCACUUCUAGGAAACUCCUGGCAAUGGCUCUUCCCCGAGGCUCCGCGGGGGCUGCCGGCGCCCGGCCGCGCUCUCCCGCUUCCGUCGCCGGGCUUGUGAGCGGGACGCCCCGGAGCGCGGAGCCGAGCCGGCCGCGGCUGCGCUGAGAUGUCCGUUCGGGCUGGAAAGUUUCUCCGCCGUCGCUUGAUGGUGCCUGCCUCCCUCACCUCCGGCUCUGACCUCCCCCCGGUCUUCCUCGGCAUAUUGCCAGCCAACCCCAUCACAUCUACUGUAAACUGCAUCAAAACUACGCCCAAUAUAGACUGGCAACUUUGCUCCCUCCGUUACGUAUGAAGAAAUGCUGCCAAGAAUGUCAGCUCCCGAAUCUCAGACCCUAUCCAGGCUGCACCUCCGAGAAUACACAGCAGCUGUCCAGAUGAUGUACCCAUACCGUAAGCAGAAGAGGAUGGGUUUCUAUCUCAGUGCAGAUAAAAUGCGAAAGAAGUGGCUUGGAAGAAACUUUCUAAAGGAACUGGAGGAGCUGUAGGAAGUGGAGCUGCAGGGAGCCAGCCAUGAUCGCCACCGGAGGCCUCCUGAGGAUCUCAGCCCGGAAACAGGACCCCCUGCGGCCUCCGAGCCAGGUGGCCAAGCGCAAGCGCAAGGCCAAGAAGAAGCGCAAGAAUGAUGUGGUGGUGGUGAAAGGCAAGCUGAAGCUGUGCUCGCUUUCGGGCCUCAUUGCCCUCUGUGGCAUCCUCGUGCUGCUGGUGGGCAUCGCCCUAGCCGUGAUGGGCUACUGGCCCAAAUCGAGCCUGCCUUACCGCCAGGGCAGCUUUGAGGGUGCCAGGGCGCUGCUGCCUCUGGGUAGUGCUGUCAAGAACCGCUCCCGGGGGUUAGCAGGCAUACACUCUGACAGCACUGGGGAUGACUCCUCUGGCAGUGCCAGGAGACCCCCACCACCUCUUGACACUGCCUCUUCCUCGGCGGGCUUCCUCCUGCGCCUCUUCUCGGACUACUUGCACUCAGACAAACUCAAGGUGUUGGGCCCACUCAUCAUGGGCAUCGGCAUCUUCCUUUUCAUCUGCGCCAAUGCUGUACUGCAUGAGAACCGUGACAAGAAGACCAAGGUCAUCGACCUGCGGGACCUCUACUCCACCGUCAUUGAUGCCCACAGUCUGCGUGCCAAGGAGGUUGCUGGUACUGUUGCUGCCCCAACACCACUCAAUGGCUUUGUCAGCUACGCAGCACCCCGUGGCACCUGGCCCCCUGUCCGCCACCCCUCCAGCCCCGGCCCCCCACCGCCGCCACCCAGCCUGGCUGAGGCAGUGUACAGCAUUUCCUGUGAGCCACCGGACAGCAUGGCAGGCUCCCUCGUGGGGUCCACACUGAGCGCCUUCACGCUGCUGCCCCUAGCACAGGGGGAGGGGGACUGGCGGCCGCCAAGGGGUGAGCUUGAACGGAGCCUGACUGACCUCCGUGGCUGCCAGGGGCUGGCACUGGCCCAAGCCGGCCGCCCACCGAGGGUGCUGAGGCGCCAGAGCACCAGCUGCCUGCCUGACAUCCGGGGAGUGCCAUCGCCCGAGCUCCUGCCCCGCCAACAGGAACAGGAUCGUCUGCCACAGGCUUCUUCCAGCCCCUCCCCAUCCCCCGAGGUGGGGAGCUCCCCUGACCUCAGCCCCCCUGCCAUGCGGGGGGGGUCUCCCCACUCUGAGCCUUCCAGCAGCAAUAAGGGCUACAGCCACCUGGAGGAGGCAGGCACCUCCUUGGAGUCUGUUGCCAACACCCCAGCCAGUACAACCCCAGACUGUGAGGGGGACCCCAGUACGGAGACAGGGCCCCAGGAGGUGCCCAGCCCACCUCAGACUGCCGAGUCCCCUCCACCAACACAGAGACAAUAUACCAACAAAGAGAAACUUUUCAUGAUCUCCAGAUCCCACGCACCUCUAGGACUGGGGGACGGGGAGCUGGAAAGCAUUGGCAUUUAAAGGGAGAGAGAAGGCACCAGGACACCCCCCUUCCCUUGAUUAUCCGCACCUCCCACUCUCUCCUUGUGGAUGUGGGAAACCCGGUCGAUAGCCAAAGAGCUGCAGUAGGUUAGGCUUGAAUUGCUUUCAAGAAAUUCCUGUAGAGGAGGCCAGGAGAGAGAAAGAGAGAAAAAGUGGUGUCUUUUCUGUCCCCUUGUGAUUGUAUGGUCCCUGCAAGCCAAUUUCUAUUAAACAUCCAGCAACCAAUCCAGUAAAUCCUUGGAAAGAAACAAAUACACGUUUUUGGACAAAUUAACUGUGCACUUUAUAUACUUUUUAAAAUUGUUAUUAUUAUUAUGAUCAUUGCCAAGUGCCCUCUCCACUCCCUUGGUUCUCUCUGCUGCUGAUUUGCCACUAGCUGCUUGGAAACCAUUAGCUCUUUUUCCAGCUCCAGAGCAACACGGUAGCUAGCUCAGUAAAAGCUAAUCUUUCUGUCUCUCUCUUUUGUUUGUUUGCUUGUUUGAUCACUCCAAAAGUUUUCAGGGCUUUACCCACCGAUGUAACUUGAAAACAGCCACACUUGUUUAGAUUCUGGAGUAUGAUGACUGAGGAGAGACUGGAGCAGGAAUAAUCCAAAUUCAACUGUUACAUUCCUAAAUCCAAAAUACCUAUUAAUACAUGACACUUUAUUAAGUAUUAUUACACAUGUAUUGACUAAUAACAUUAAACAGGUUUUUUUUUAAUAAAAUGUUUACAAAUAAAAAUAUCAUCUUUAAACAGUUUUUCCCUCCCCUGCCUCUCCCUCCAUAAAUGACAAACCAAAGACAAUUUUGGUUUUCCAAGUUUUAAAAAUUAGAGACAAGGUUUCAGAACAAAGGUCUGUUUCUGUUCUUCCCAGAGUAACGAUAAUUUAGCAAUAUGCUGAAAAUAUGGAGUAGCAAACUACUUCAAGCCAGCCAGCAGACUGUCUCUUUUUAACUUUUCUAGCUACAGUUUUGACAGUUGAAGAAUCUG